UAGUGCACAUCGUGUUUGUAAAAAUUAAAAUUAAAAUUCAAAAUGAAUACGUUUGAUUUAUCACCUUUAACAACUAAUCAAGAAGAACUCAUCAACAAAUUCAACGCGGCAUUCUACCAAGCGCAAACAUUAAAUACAAAUGAAUUAUCUCUAAACGGAAUAAAUGGCGAAGAAGACAUCGACGAAAACGAAAAAUUUCUCCUUGAAAACUUAGACGAGACGUUUUUCAACAACAUUCAAGAAAGUGAUCAGUUUUUAAUGCCUCCAAACCUGGAAUCGGAAAUAUCAGAAGAAGAAAACAAGAACUAUUACGAGAAUUACAUGGAUAUUUCUUACAAUAAUAAAUUGAACCCAAUGGUGAUUGAUGAAGGAUUUUCGGAAGCUUUCUCAGACGGUUUGGCAUCAGAAUUAGUCACACCAAGCUCAGACUGUACCAGUACAUUUGACUAUGACGAAUUCUCCGAGAAUUUCGAACAAUUCAAUCAAUUUGCAUUCAAUCACACUGAAGAGACUAAAAAUCUAAACCAACUACCACCAGUGAAUACAAUCAAACAAUGCAACUGGGAAUUCAAUCAAUUUCUAAGACAUCAAGAAAACACUUCACUAAACUACCAUCAACUGUCCACAGAAGUGAAUAAUUUUGGACAUUGUUCAACUGAACAAGAUCAAGACGAUUUAUUUCGUUUAGAUGUUCAAGAAAAUUUGAUGAUUUUAAACCAAAGUGAUGGAUUAUUAUUUGAUGAAUCCAGUUGGUAUUCUACUAACUUUGAAGAAAACGCGGGAAAUAAAAUUGAAAGAGGAAAUCUUGAACGUGAGAGAACUUAUUCAACUGAUUCUGAUUUUGAUGAGUCCAUACCACAUUCACUGCAGUGUAAGUGGGCGAAUUGUUAUCAAAUCUAUGAUUCACAGUCGAAUCUAGUGAAACAUAUUGAAAAGGCGCACGUUGAAGUGAAGAGAGGCGAUGAAUUCACUUGUUUUUGGCAUGAUUGUCCGAGGAAAGUUAAACCGUUCAAUGCGAGGUAUAAAUUGUUGAUUCAUAUGAGAGUUCACAGUGGAGAAAAACCUAAUAAAUGUCCUUUUAAUGGAUGUAACAAGGCAUUUUCUCGAUUGGAAAACCUCAAAAUACAUCAGCGGAGUCACACUGGUGAACGGCCUUAUCUAUGUCAAUUUCCUACAUGUACGAAGAGCUUUUCAAAUAGUAGUGACCGAGCGAAACAUCAACGAACUCAUUUUGAUACUAAACCAUACGCUUGCCAAAUCAAAAACUGUAACAAAAAGUAUACAGAUCCUAGUAGUCUGCGUAAACAUGUGAAGAAUCACACUCCAGAAGAGCAAAUGCAGUUGAAGACCAAAAAUGCAUCACAAUUGGAAGAGUUUUCCACGUUAUCUGCACGUCUUGCAUCAAGAUUAUCAUCAAAUACUACUAAUACUACUAAUUCAAUUACGAGUAUUACUACUACGUCCGUGAUGAUAAAACAGGAGAUUAAAGUUGAAGAAACGAAACACAAUUCUUCACAAACCACUUCUUUGGCAAAAUGUAACAAUGGUAACAGUUUUUAUGCAAAUUAUGAGCAUGAUUAUACUGUCACACGACUCCGAUCUAGUUUCGAUGUGAAACAGGACUUGAAGAAUAAAUUGUCGGAAAAACUGCAUCGAAAUAUUAAUUAUAAAUAAUUUUUUUGGGUUUUAUCUGUAUAUAAUUGUAAAUAUUUUUUUCUAAAAUAAAAUUUCAUUAGUUUUUUCACUGUAA